UAACACUGAUUUUUGUAAGAAAAAGUUCAGUAAUAUUUUCCUAUGAAAACACAUUUUAUACAUGAUGAAAUUAUGAGACUGUGGAAGAACUUGAUUGAGUUUCAGUUAGAGAUAUCGUGGGCCGAAUCGCAGACAAACUCAUCAUGCACUUUAUAUUAUCAAAAAAUCCUAUUCCAUUUUUUCCUCUUUUAAAAACUCCUUUCACUUAUCAUCAAAUUAUGAAAUGUUAUCCACACCAUGUAUGUCAAGAUAACAAUCAUUAUCGUUACUCAUAAGACCUAAAUGAGAUUGCAAAAAUUGAAAAUCAUAUUAGUACCUGUGAAAACACCGACCAUGAACGUCGAAAGAAUUGAAAAACUUGAAAACAUCCUCUUUUUGGACGAGAACAAGACCAUCAUAGACCACCAAGUGAAACGUUUGACAGCACCUGGUGAAAACUUUGGUAGUUUAAUGCUCAGUGUUGAUAUCACAGUCCAAAAUGCUUAUGGUACUGAAGAAAUCCACACCGUUGCAAAAAUGGUACCACCGAAUGGCUUCAUCCAGGAAGUUUUCAACACCCAGACGACGUUCAAAAACGAGAUUGGCUUUUAUAAUAACAUAGUACCGGUUUUGCACGAAUUCCAGAGGGAACAAGGUAUGGACGAACUUGUAGACUUUUUCCCCAAGUACUACGGAGGUCGUAUUAAUUUAAAUGGAGACCCGAGUGUUGUGGAUUCGGAUGCUGUUCUUCUGCUGGAGAAUUUGAAAAUAGCCGGCUACGAAAAUUUCGAACGAACAUUAGGAUUUGAUCUAGAAACUUCUAAAUUAAUAGUCACUGAUUUGGCACAUUUGCAUGCAGUACCAUUAGGACUGAAACUGAAAAAACCGGACGUGUUUGAAACUGAAGUGAAGAAGUACUUAGCACCUUUUAGGCCUCAGGGGCACAGCACUUUCUACCAACGAUUUUUCUCUGUUAUUGAUAAAAUAGAUGAAUUGAAACAUUUGAAGAAGAGAAUCCAUAAGGCUUUCGAUAACGUUUCUUUAGACAGCGCGGUCCGCGAACCCUUUGCCACCUUUGUACACCAGGACUGCUGGGUAAACAACAUCAUGAUUAAAGUGGAAAAAGGACGAUCCGUGAAAAAUAAAUUGGUUGAUUUCCAAGUUUGCGACUACGGAUCUCCAGCUAAAGAUUUAAUUUUCUUUCUUUUUGCAAAUGUACAGAAUCAUGUCCUGGAAACGCAUUACGACGAUUUAGUCCGGUACUACCAUGAAACGUUCACGUCGAUCUUGCAGAAACUCAAAUAUGAAACUACAAGAUUCGCGUUUGAUGCUCUCUUGGAGGAAAUUAAUUAUGAGGCUGGCCAUUCGCAGUUCUUGCAUUUGAUGUUCAUGACUUUUCCAAUGUUUGCACCAAAAGGGACGGUGAGGGAGCUGACGGAGCUAACGCUAGACGAUUUCAUAUCGGAAUCAACCGACAUCACGGAUCUUCACAAAGAAAAACUAAUUUUUAUCAUUCAGCAAUUUGAUAAGCAUAACUGGAUUUAAAUAA